AUGCAUCUCCCUCUUGCCUUGCCCAUCCCACUCAUCCUUUUCCUGAUCAUCUCUGGCCUCACGCAAUCGCCAUUGUUCUCAGGGCUGUGCCUGGAGCUCCAGCCCUCCGUGCACCUGCUCACCCUGGCCCGCUGGGGCCCACAGACGCUGCUGCUGCGCUUGGAGCACCAGUUUGCCAGUGGGGAGGACUCGGGCCGCAACUUGAGCUCCCCUGUGACCUUGGAUUUACAGUUCCCACAGAACCUGUUCUCCUCCUUCACCAUCACCCACCUGCAGGAGACCACGCUGGUGGCCAACCAGCCCCGGGCCAGCGCCUCCAGGCUCCAGUGGACACCGGACACCGGCCCUGUACCAAACCCCUCGGUGCCCGCUCUGGACCUGGCCACCAUCACGCUGCAGCCCAGGGAGAUCCGCAUGUUUGUGGCCUCGGUCCAGUGGAAAGAGGACGGCGGGACCUGCGGGGAAGUCGCCUUGCAAGCCUGAGCUCUCUGCUCCUGGGACGAGUCCGACUCUUCUCCUCUGCCCCCGUGCUGCCGCCCAAAAUGUCAUUAAAAUAGUGAUGACACUCAGGUCACCGAAGGACUCUUUGUGGCAUCUUUUAGAGGGAGGUAGAAUGUAUGAC